UUGGUGGCACGUUUGCCAGAGCGUGUGGAUUCUCUCUAAUGGCUACGUCCUGGGAGGAAAGCCAGGUUAAAAGGAGAGGCCUCCGUUGGCUCAGGCUGUGCUGGACGGAGCUGGAUGACAGUCUGUGGUCGAGCUGGCCUGACUCUGUAACUCCACUGUAUAGUUUUAAGGAAUUACCAAAGAUGAAGGCAAAGAGAAUGGUAUUUUGUGGUUUUGAGAUUUAAAAAAGAAAUCCUCUCACGGGCCUGGGCUUGUCGAGGCCCCUUGGCCCGUCCCUCCCACUGCGGCUGAGAGGAGACUUCAUAGUCCCUCUGCAGCUGGGCUGGGUCUGGGGGCCGCGCACAGGGCAGGAGGAGUCUGGUUCCCUGACGAAACCACACGCGCUGUUCCUCACCAGCAGUGAGCACCUGGGGGUGGAGGACGCUGCCACAGGCGGCCCAGGGCUCAGCCCUGAGCCAGCUCCAGAUUCCAGGUGCUUCCGGGCAACUCCUGUGACGCCUUCACCAGCUGGCAAAUGGCAAAGAGAAGGACCACUGUUUCUGAAGUGCCUGCUGUGGGGCCAGGACACCCCUCAUCUCUGCCCUGAAUUCCUGGAGGAGGAGGGGACAGGAGCUGCUGCUCUGGCACCAGGAGUAUUCGAGAGCGAUUUUUGGCCCGCUCACUGUGACAGGCCCCAUCCUCAGCGCCACGCACCGUUCCAGAGCCGGGAUGUGCUGACAAGUUCUACCCGUGUCUGCAAGACCCUGGAGGGGGAGUCCCAGCUCUGACCGUGGCUCUAGACAGGUUCCUGCGUUCUAGCAAAGAUUUCUGAAGAUUUCUUCCUAGAAACGAUUGGGAAGUUUUGAGAGGCACAGGAUACAGAAUUUCUCCAAAAGGUUGUAAAGAAGCACACUGUUUAAGAGCAAAACCAGGAGGCCUUUGCAGUGGUGAGAGCUGCCAGACCCCACCCAGUGUGCCGGGAAAUGUGGGUUCUUGGGGGUCACAGCGCCCACCAGCUCCAGGCUGUGCUGCAGGUCACGGCCCAGGGACUCUGAGCAGCGUGCACCGGACACCCACCGUGACCUCCUCUGUCUACAACAUUUGCUGCUGAAGCCCGUGCUGCGGCCCCUGCCGAUGAGGAUGUGCGCCCCCGUGGGGGGGCUGCUCACUGCCCUUGCCGUAGUAUUUGGGACAGCGGUGGCAUUUGCACCCAUACCUCGAAUCACCUGGGAGCACAGAGAGGUGCAGCUGGUGGAGUUUCACCAGCCCGGCAUCUUCAACUACUCAGCCUUGCUGCUGAGCGAGGACAAGGACACCCUGUACGUGGGCGCCCGGGAAGCUGUGUUUGCCGUGAAUGCGCUCGAUGUCUCCCAGAAGCAGCACGAGGCAUAUUGGAAGGUCUCAGAAGACAAAAAAGCAAAAUGCGCAGAAAAGGGGAAAUCAAAACAGACAGAAUGCCUCAACUACAUCCGAGUGUUGCAGCCACUCGGUGCCACUGCCCUUUACGUGUGUGGGACCAACGCCUUCCAGCCAGCCUGUGACCACCUGAACCUAACGUCCUUUCAGUUUCUGGGGAAAAAUGAAGAUGGCAAAGGAAGGUGUCCUUUUGACCCAGCACAAAGCUACACGUCUGUCAUGGUUGACGGAGAGCUUUAUUCCGGGACGUCAUAUAACUUCUUGGGAAGUGAGCCCAUCAUCUCCCGGAAUUCUUCCCACAGUCCUCUGAGAACGGAAUACGCAAUACCUUGGCUCAACGAGCCCAGCUUUGUGCAUGCCGAUGUGAUUCGAGAGAGUCCAGACAGUGCUGAGGGUGGGGACGACAGGAUCUACUUCUUCUUCACGGAGGUGUCUGUGGAGUAUGAGUUUGUCUUGAAGCUGGUGAUCCCCCGGAUAGCGCGGGUGUGUAAGGGGGACCAGGGCGGCUUGAGGACCUUACAGAAGAAGUGGACCUCCUUCCUGAAGGCCAGGCUGAUCUGCUCCAGGCCAGACAGCAACCUUGUCUUCAAUGUGCUGAGGGACAUCUUCGUCCUCAGGGCUCCAGGCCUGAAGGAGCCUGUGUUUUAUGGGGUCUUCACCCCGCAGCUGAACAAUGUGGGGCUGUCGGCCGUGUGUGCCUACAACCUGUCCACAGCCGAGGCGGUCUUCUCCCGAGGGAAGUACAUGCAGAGCGCCACAGUGGAGCAGUCCCACACCAAGUGGGUGCGCUACAAUGGGGCUGUGCCCUCGCCCAGGCCCGGUGCGUGCAUUAACCACGAGGCGCGGGCGGCCAACUUCUCCAGCUCCCUCAACCUGCCAGACAAGACGCUGCAGUUUGUCAAAGACCACCCCCUGAUGGAUGACUCCGUGACCCCCAUAGACAAUAGGCCCAGGCUGGUCAAAAGCGAUGUGAACUACACGCAGAUCGUGGUGGACAGGACCCAGGCCCUGGACGGCACCGUCUACGAUGUCAUGUUUCUCAGCACUGACCGAGGUGCCCUGCACAAAGCCAUCAGCCUUGAGAACAGUGUCCACAUCAUCGAGGAGACACAGCUCUUCCAGGACAUGGAGCCAGUCCAGACCUUGCUGCUGUCCUCCAAGAAGGGCAGAAGGUUCGUGUAUGCUGGUUCCAACUCGGGUGUGGUCCAGGCGCCUGUCGCCUUCUGUGGGAAGCACAGCACAUGCGAUGACUGCGUGUUGGCCCGGGACCCAUACUGCACCUGGAGCCUGGCCACGGCAACCUGCGUAGCCCUGCAUCAGACCAAUGACCCCAUCAGGAGUCUGAUUCAGGACAUGAGCGGGGAUGUGUCCACCUGCCCCGAUAAAAUUAAGGAAAGUUUCCGGCGGCAUUUUUUCAAGCAUGGCAGCACAGCGGAACUCAGAUGCUCCCAAAAGUCCAACCUGGCGCGGGUGGUGUGGAAGUUCCAGAAUGGAGUGCUCAAGGCCGAGAGCCCCAAGUACAGCCUGGUGGGCAGGAAGAACCUGCUCAUCUUCAACCUGUCGGACGGAGACAGUGGGGUGUACCAGUGCCUGUCGGAGGAGAAGGUCAGGAACAAAACGGUGCUGCAGGUGGUGGCCAAGCACGUUCUGGAGGUCAAGACAUUCGCACGGACCUCAGUGGCCUCUACCUUUCUGACCACUGGGACAGAAGGUGGUAGGAUUACCCCCGAAGUCUCCAUGGGGCCCACCCAAGGCUCCUCUCCCCGGACCCCAGCUGUUCAGGUCACCACACCUUCCAGCCUGGUGCCCACCAGCACGUCCUGCGAACCAAAGAUUGUCAUCAACACAGUCCCCCAGGUCCACUCGGAGAAGACGAUGUAUCUCAAGUCCAGUGACAACCGCCUCCUCAUGUUCCUUUUCCUCUUCUUCUUCGUUCUUUGCCUCUGCCUGUUUUCUUACAACUGCUAUAAGGGCUACCUGCCCGGACAAUGCCUAAAAUUCCGCUCCGCCAUGCUGCUGGGGAAGAAGCAGCCCACGUCGGACUUCUCCGACUGCGAGCAGAGUGUGAAGGAGACGCUGGUGGAGCAGGGCAGCCUCUCCCAGCAGAACGGAGGGCAGCCCAGGCCGGCCCUGGACACCGGCUAUGAGACGGAGCAGGACACCACGGCCAGCAGAGCACCCACCGACAGGGAGGACUCGCAGAGGAUCGACGACCUCCCGGUCAGGGACAAGCCAUUCGAUGUCAAGUGCGAGCUGAAGUUCGCCGACUCGGAUGCAGACGGGGACUGAGGAGGGUCUCAAGGAGAGGUCUUUGUGUUCCUUGUGCAGUAACCUCACCCCGUGCCAUGUAGGUAGCCCGUCGUCCUCAGACCUCAGUUCCCUGUGUCUCUUCUCUUGGGUCGAGUUUUUGACUUGGUUUCUCUUUGUCCUUUCGGAAAAUGACCAGCCUCACACCUGGGCUCCCUCAGUCGGUCGGUUGAAGCACUAUGAGAGGUACCUGCAGGCGGCGUCUCACCUGAACCCUCUCUUGUGGCAGGGAGAGGGCUGACUGCCGCUGGCCUGGGAAGAGUUGGGCCUAGAGCAUCCCCUCCUCAGAGCGGCCACUGAAAGAUAAUUUAAUUCCAGAUUGGAAAUGACAUUUUAGUUUAUCAGAUUGGUAACUUAAUCGCCUGUUGUCCAGAUUGGCACGAAGCUUUUUCUUCCACGUAAUUAUUUUUUAGUAUUUUGCUUUAAUUUUGUUGGAGUGUUAGGUCAUUUAUUUUUUAAAUUACUAAAGCAGAUGUUUUAAUAUUUGGAAGAUGUACGUCUUCUACAUUUUGUUGUAUGUGGCUUACGUUGCUUAAGAUUCUCAGGGAUACACUUACUUUUGCUAAACAUGUUCUUUCUGCUUUUAGAAACACAGACGAAGCCGUCUCUUGAGCACACUUACUUUUUUAAAACAAAUUUUAUUCCUUGAGGGAAGUGUCGUUUUUAGAGAGAUUUUCUUUCUGUACUUUUUUCUCUUGUUUUAACUCUUUUGAAGAAGAGAAGACGUGGAGGACUGUCCAAUGACCACCGGGCAGCAUUUUGAUCGAGGGACGAUGGCCCCAGUGGGUGCUGGGUGGAGCUGGGCUGGCCCUGAGCUGAGGAGACGAGCGUUUUACAAUCCAUUGUCCAUGGCCACUGGUCACAACCUCCUGUCCAGACAGACGGAACGUUCAUCAGGACUCUGGUUAUCUGAACAUCUCCUUUUUCUUUGUGCUUCCAUCUCACACCUCUUACCCAACCAGACUUUUCACGUGGCUGACCUGAGCCGUCCACAGCUGGAGGAGAGCCGGGCAGCGGGGAGGGAUCGGCCUGUGACCACAGCUGCCCACAGACGCCGCCAUGGCAGACCUGCGUGGCCUGGCACCGUCUUUAAGGUGUGAGGGGCGGUGCAGUUUAACAUCACCGACUUCAUACUCCACUUCCCACUGUCCAGAUGCCCACAAGAGGCGACUUUUUUUCCGUGGCAAAGAGCAAUAAACUCUGGAUUUCUGUGUGCCUGUGUGGACAGUCUCAUCUUCCAGCAUGAUAGGAUUCGACUGUUUUGGUGUAAACAUUCGUGUUUUAUAAAAUUUACUUUGUUUUUAUUUUUCUACUUUAAAUUGUAUACAUUUGGAAAGUAACCGAAUAAACGAGAAGCUUAUAUCCUUGA